AAGCCAAAGCAUCUUCAGAACCGCCAUUUCCCCUCCAAUCAAAAUUUGGGUUCCCGAGCUUUCAAUCUCUGUUAGCAUUUAAGAAGCCAUUUAAGAAGCCAUGGAAGGUUUCGUCCUUCUCUUUAUAUCUCUCGCUCGCGUGCUUUUGCUCCUUCGAAACCAGUAAUGACGGAUUCGGUGAAUAGCGGUCGCUUUUUUUUCCUCAAUCCAUGGUUGCUUCACUUGCAGAAGAUGUGUCUAGAACUAAAGUGUCCCCUAUGCUUGAACUUACUGAACCGACCAUUAUUGAUACCUUGCAAUCACAUAUUAUGCAGUUCUUGCAUUCCUAGAUCAACAGAGUUCGGUUCCAAGUGUCCGGUCUGUAUAUCACCUUUUGUUGAUAAAGAUUUAAGACCGGCUCCUCACAUGGAACGUAUGGUUCAUAUCUAUAAGAGCAUGGAUGCCGCCUUUGGCUCUAAUCGCUUGCAUUGGGUACCUCAAAAUCAAAUUGAUGCGGCUGAUUUUGGAAGGACAUUGGAUCAAUACCCAAUUACGUUUACUACUGUUAUUGAUGAUAUUUUGAGGAAGGAAUCGAUUGACAACAUGCGAAAGGGAACCUCCAGCAACCCAAAGUCAUCCUCGGCAUCUUUUACAUGCUAAUGGAGGAGCUUAAGUUCCUUCGCAACAUUCGGAAAUAAAGUUGAGAAAUCUGGAAUGCCUGAUGAAUCUCAUGUACAUUUUAAUGUUGGUGCACCGGAAAAUUUAGAGCAAAUGGUUGGGAAACAGAGGGCACCUAAUGAGGAAGUAAGCUAUGGCAACAUUUGGUUUGCCUCUAGAACUGCAGAGGACUUGUGGGAGAUGUACAAAAAUAGGAAAGUGUCUCUGGGAAGUUAUGUGGAUCUCAACGACAUCAUGGCUUUUGGAAUCAAAGAAAUGCUUGAUGCCUUAGGAUGGAGAAACAUUAUAUCUAGUAAUGAAAAAUGCUAUCGUCAGUUGGUUUGAAUGUUUUACUGUAACAUGAAUGUAAUGUAUGAAGAGGAUCAAGAGGAAUAUAUCACAUCUUAUGUUAAAGGGAAGAAGAUUAGAUUUAAUUCCUCUAAGUUAGGCUCUAUCCUUGGAAUUUCAAAUGAUGGUGAUCACAUAUUUUUCUAUCCCAAGGAUGAGAUUAGCUCUGUUGCAGAUAAGAGUGAAGUAUAUGAGAGCAUCUGUAAAAAUUAUGAGGAUGAGAACCGUGUUAAACAGACGAGUCUUAAGAAUACCCAACGAAUAUUGAGUAUAAUUGUGGGGUAUAAUAUUCUUCCUAGAAGUGGACAUAGAGAUGAUGUCCUGCCUCUACAAGCCUUUAUUGUAUACUGUUUAACAGUGGGUAAAAAAAAUAAAUCUUCCCUACAUUGUUCUGAGAUACAUGAUCUCUGGUGGAUGCACGAAUGCUAAAGGAUCUCUACCAUUUGGAAAAUUAAUUACCAAAAUUCUGAAGCAUUUUAAGGUUAAUCUAGAGGAUGAGUUGGUGGCUGAGGAUUUUAAGCCCAUUGAUAAGGCUACUCUCUCUGGAAUGAAGAUUCCCACCAUUGUGCCAGUGAAGAAGAGCAACUAGAAGUGUUUCAAGAUUCUCUUUUGAGGGAUGAAGAGCCAGCUGACAUGCCUUAAGGAACUGAUGUUAAGGACAGACCUCUCACCAGGAGAGAGGUUCAGGAAUUUUCCAACAGAAUGAUCACAAACCUUGUAGGUAUAAGAGCUGAAAUCAGAGAAUCUAACCUGAGUAUGAUGGAGCAGUUAUGGCAGAUGUCCAGCCACAUCUUUUUAGCUUUUUGUGUUAUGUUUGUAUUAGUCUCUUUUCUUUUAGUUCAUGUAAAUCUUGACUUGGUCCAUAUGUUUCUUUUCUGACUGUAAGUCUUUUAGUUAUAAAAGUUGUUCAGUUCAGCUCCUGGCAGGGAUAAAAGCUUGCUUGGAAGCUUUGCAGCUUUUGGCUGAAGAGCCUUAUGAAGUUCAGCGUGACAUCAUGGCUGUUGUGAUGACCCAAAAAUGGCAGGCUUAGGAUGUUGGAAAAUGCAAAUGCACUUAAAACCCACUUACACCCUCAAUUUAAUUGCUUGCACACAUUGCACUGUGAAAUAUGGAUGCCUAUGGUUGGCUGAGGUUUAGUGAUCUCCGCAAUUAUUGUUUAGUCACCAAGAAUAUUGACUGGCCUCAACUUCUACUUCGUUGGUGAUUUUGUUCCAUCAUACAAGGAAUGCCUUGAGUAUUUAGUGUUGGCUGCUGGGGUACCAUUUUUACGAACAGGGGCAUGUUGACUCCUACAAUAUAGUAAACAUGCGACUUCCUCAACGUUCAUUGUUUACGACUGUGAUUUCUUGGAAAAUUUCACUUCAGUGGAGUGUAGAUUCAAAGAAGUAGAAGAUUUUGCUGCCGAAUUUGGAUGUCGGGUCAUUGGCCAUAUGUGGCCUUUAGAAUCAAUACUGCUUGUAAGAUUCUAUCUCCUACUUGCUAAUUUGUUAGAUUCGAGAACUCUGCUUUUGUCUUGUGUAAUGAAGCGUGGUUUUAACUUCAGAAAUGAAGGGGAAGUAAUCUUCCACUGCUCGA